ACUCUUUUUAAUUUUGGUUUUGUGGUUGCAAAAAGGGGAGAAUUUUUGGAACUCCAAUUCACCCCCCUUCUUGGAGUACAUUGAGUCAACAAUUGGUAUCAGAGCAAGGGCUCCAAUUUGAAGGUUUAACCACCUAGGAGUUGAUCGGGAAUGGCUCAAUUUCUAUCUUCUCAACCACUUGAAGGUUUGUCUACCAUUAAGCCUCCUUUCUUUGAUGGUACUAAUUAUAAUUAUUGGAAGAAUAGGAUGAAGGUCUUCAUGCUUGCAACUGUGCCGAAGGCAUGGGUUGUGACCAUGAAAGGUCCAUAUGUACCUAUGAAAAUUGUUGGAGAAAGAGAGGUGCCAAAAGAAGAGAUUGAUUGGAAUGAUGAAGACUUGGAGAAGAUCAUGAUAAAAAACAAGGCAAUUAGUAUGCUUCAAUGUGCUCUUAAUCCAACGGAGUAUCAUAGAGUCUCCGGGUGUGAUACGGCUAAGGAGAUGUGGGACAUGCUAGAAGUCACUCAUGAAGAAACAAGCCAAGUAAAGGAGUCAAAAAUAAAUAGACUCAUUUACAUGUAUGAGCUUUUCAAGAUGAAACCGGAGGAGAGCAUUCAAGAUAUGUAUAUAAGAUUGAAUGAUAUAGUCACUAAUCUCAAGGCUCUUGGUAAAGUCUAUCCUCCUCAAGAAGUGGUGAGAAAGGUUCUUAGAAGCUUGCCUAAGAUUGAUGGUGGAGUUGAAGUAGUUGAGAAGAAGAAGAAGAAUGUUGCUUUCAAGGCUAGCAACCAAAAGGAAGAGAGUGAAGAUGAUGCUAGUAAUGAUGAGUCUAGCAAUGAGGAAGACAUCACCAAAUUGAUUUCAAAGGAAGUGAAGAGAUUUAUGAAGAAGAACAUCAAGAGCAAGCUUGCAAAAAAAGAUGAAGGAGAGUCUACCAAAAGGAGUGUGAAAUGCUAUGAGUGCAACAAGAUGGGGCACUAUAUAAAUGAAUGUCCCAAAUUGAAGAAGGGUGAAAGGAAAAACAAGAAGAGCAUGAAGAAGAAAGCUUUUACCGCAACUUGGAGCAAUGAUGAGACUAGCUCAACGGAAAGUGAAAGCUCCUUGAAAAAUGGUGUUGCAAAUCUUUUCUUCAUGGCUCAAGAGGAUAGCUACAAUGAUGCGGAGUUCUACAACUCGAGCCAUGCAUCCUGCAGAGCAUUUAAUGACUCCCAACGGCUAGAAACGGCUAUUUUCGAGCAAGGGGCUAUAAAUAUGGUUGGCAACAGAUUUGAAGAAGGUUAGUGAGCAUUGUAUUGAAUAUCUUUACCUACCAACUUGUGCUUUAACUUGAGAUUUUGAUCUUUGAGAGAUCUUUAGUUGUAAUCCUCCUCUUGUUCUAUUUGUGAGUGAUCUUGGGGGUGUGUUGAUUCCUUCAAAAGUCAUUUGUAGAGAGGAUUGUUUGGGUUUAUCUUGUAAAGGGGUGAGAUUUGAGAGAAACACCCUUAUUCUUGUAAAAGGAUUGAGUGGCUCCUUUAAGCCACCCUUGCUAUUGUUAGUGGAGAGUGUGGAGGAAAUCCUUGGUGAGUGAAGCCAAGGUAGAGGACUAGGCUCCAAGUGGUUGGACCGAACCUCUAUAAAUCAUUGAGUAAGCU